UAUGAAUUCCUAUUUCACGAACACGUCGCUCUCGUGCCAUUUAACUGGCGGUCAGGAUGUUCUACCCAACGUGGCCCUAAAUUCGACUACUUAUGACCCUGUUCGCCAUUUCUCGAGCUAUGGCGCCGCAGUGGCCCAGAACCGGAUAUAUCCCACGCCGUUCUACUCACCACAAGACAACGUUAUGUUCGGCUCCAGCCGAGGACCGUACGAUUACGCAUCAAAUGUCUUUUAUCAGGACAAGGAUGUGCUUCCCAGUUGCAGGCAAAGCUUAGGACAGAGCGCACAAGGUCCGUUGGCACAGGACUACACUUCAGACCAAGGCAGCAGUGCGUGUCAGGAACCAAAGAGCACCAUUCAGAUUUACCCCUGGAUGCAGCGGAUGAACUCUCACAGUGGGGUCGGCUAUGGAUCUGAUAGGCGGAGAGGUCGCCAGAUCUAUUCCCGUUACCAAACUCUAGAACUCGAGAAGGAAUUUCAUUUCAAUCGCUACUUGACAAGACGCCGACGUAUCGAAAUUGCCAACGCGUUGUGCCUUACUGAACGACAGAUCAAAAUAUGGUUUCAAAAUCGCCGGAUGAAAUGGAAGAAAGAGACAAACCUAACAUCCACCCUAAACGACAAUGUCUCAGUGGUGGGUGACCAGGAACCGCUCAAAGAGAGCGCAAAAGGGGUGACUAAUGAGAAGAAGGAAUAGUCCAAGCACUAAGUAUUGAAUCAAACUACCUAUUGAAACUACCUAUUGAGCUUUGGCAGUUGUUGCAAGCCCAACCUACCCUCGACGAGAGAGAAAAAAAAUGUAUGCAGAAGGUGUGUCACUUGUAUAUAUGUACCCGUGUUUAACGGCUAAACGCUUACUUCCAUAUUUCAUUCUGGAACAUAGCCUGUGUACCUACCACUUGACAGGCAGCUAUUGAAAUUUCCACAUUGAAUGUAUGUUUCAUAUUGCGCAAAUAAUUAACUACUACAAUGUUGAAAAUUCCAAAAUAAAUAAAUAUAACACUGUUUUGCUUUUGGGGAAAAUUAGACUAUAUCUAAGGACUACGUUUUUUCGUUGCUUUGUGAUGUAGAAGCUAAACAUUACGAAGCAUGUAGUCUAUAUUUUUAUCAUCGUUUCAUAGUAUGAAGCACCAAUUCUAAACCAAUUAUGCAAAUAUACUAUCAGAACUGUAAACAUAUUUGAAUGUCUUUGUGAAUAUAAAACAUAA